AUGGAGCCGGCAUUGCGACGAGCAGCCUCCAGCGUCUGCGGACAAUGUUCCGCGACAUUGAGGAGGCAAUUGGUCUCCAACAGCGGUGUCAGAACCGUUUCCAGAAUCGCAUCAGCCCACUCGACGAGGGGUCUACAUUCCACCGUUCCGAGGAAAUCAAAGGCGAAUAAUGCGACGAGGCAAUUCUCUUCAACGACCAAAGUCUCUAGCGAGGCAGCGGCUGCUAAGCCCGCGAGCACCGAGACGGCAACCCGGAAGCUUCGUUCGGACGAUCUUUUCCACUCCUUCACGAAUUCGCCCAUUCCCGAGAUCCGGCGUCGAGCGGCCUUCAUGAGACAACAUGCGUACUGCCCGCACCCAGACCACAGAGCAACUCGCGUACCCACGAUUGCACCGCAGGGCGAGGAGCACACACAUCAGACUGGAAACCUUGCGCCGGCGCAUGUUGACUUCGAAUGCCCCGACUGUGGAGUUCCUGUUUACUGCGGCAAGGAGCACUGGAUGGAUAAUUACGAGGCACACCUUGAGAUCUGCGAUACUUUGAAGGAGAUCAAUGAGGAUGACCAUGAUCUGCGGUCUGGCCGUGCUUUCCCAGAGUUCGUCAUGGCCGACGACCAAAUGCCGGAGGCCGUUGUCAACAUGACCAACUGGGAUACGUUCAUGUACAGCCGAGAGUUCGAGGCUAUCAACGACGAGCGUAGCAUGAGGCAGGUCACGAAGAUGCUUACGUACCCCAUUACUAUUGGCAGCAUUCUGCAUGAGCUUAGCCCGUACAGCGUAAAGCAGGGCGAAAGGCUCACAAGCGAGGGUUUGAAGAGUUUGAGUGGAAAGGGAACAGAUAUGAAGGACCUUCGUCCUGAGGCGCCGCCUGUGAGAGUGUUCUGCUUGGGCGCUCGCGCCGAGUCGUCGCUUCCGAGAAACGUCUGGCUUCAGCUGGCGCAUCUAUUCCCCGAGAGCAAGAUUCACCUCAUUUUCAUCGGCCCUGAAAGUAUGGCGAACAGGGAUGACGAAUUCCCGCUACCCCCCAGAACACCCGAGAACCCUUUCGGCAUGGUGAUUGAAGACCGGAUAUCUCACAAGCUGAAGAUCAGCACUAUUGUGGACUACUAUCAUACGAUCCACAAGACGGGAUACUUUGCGCCAUAUGACCCAUACUUUGACUGCUUCUGCCUUUUCCACCCCGGCCUGGGUCACCCGGCGAGCAGCCAUGAAUGGUCCGAGACUCUGCCGAUGCUUCUUGAGACGAAGCUUCCCAUCAUUGCCACGGGAUACACCCAGUUCGACAUGGAGAGAGACAUUGAGUGGGUUCGUAAGACUGCCGCUGGCGAGUUCGAUAUCCUUUUGGAGCCCGGCGAGAACCGUUUCCGCAGUCUGAGGUGGGAUCUCAACGACCUCGACCCUCAGGACGUCAGCUGCGGAAACUGGGGAGUCUGGGCAUUCCGUGGAAAGAGGUAUGAAACGGCGACCAAGGAUCUCUGA